AUGGCACCACCCAAACGCGCUCUGUUCUCCCUCAAUCUCGACACAGACGCCGACCACGUCUAUCAAAGAGUCGAAGACCACAGCAAACCCAGCGACGAGCGCAUCAAAGUUCUUGAGACAAAAGGACCUACCCACGGCCAUACCGAUCUAAGUUUCGUAACGAAGCCCUUUGAAAAAACCGUAAAUCGAGCCGUUGAAAACGUCCUCGACGGGAAAAAAGUCGUAUCAAAAGAAGGCGAAAUAACAUACUCGACCACCAGCUCCGACCAAACCCCCCUCCGCAUAGUCGUAGGCUGCGACGACGCAGGCGUCGGCUACAAAAACACACUAAUCAAAGACCUCGAAUCCGACUCUCGCGUCGCCAGCGUCACAGACGUCGGCGUGCCUUCCUCGUCCGACAAAACCGCCUACCCACACGUCGCCGUCUCCGCCGCCCAACUCGUCGCUGAAGGAAAAGCAGACCGCGCGCUGCUCAUCUGCGGCACCGGCCUUGGCGUCGCCAUCUCCGCGAACAAAGUCCCCGGGAUCCGCGCCGUCACUGCGCACGAUAGUUUCUCCGUGGAGAGAGCGAUCCUGAGUAAUGAUGCGCAGGUGCUGUGUAUGGGCGAGCGCGUUGUGGGGAUUGAGUUGGCGAGGAGGCUGGUGAGGGAGUGGUUGGGGUAUAGGUUUGACAAGGGGAGUGCGAGUGCGAAGAAGGUUGAGGCGAUUAUGGAGCAUGAGAGGAAGAAUUUUGAGGGCUUGGUUAAGGAUCAAGCGGGUCAGAGCUGUUAA